AUGAGCAUGAGAGAUGUUGCUGCAAAGUUUCAUGUCAACUCCUUUAGCUCGAUUUCCGAAUGGGUGAAUAAGCUUGAUGAGUUGAAGAAAUCAGUAAAAUCUGAUAAAAAAUUAAAAUUAGAAAGCUUCACUCAAUUUCCAGAGCUAGAGAAAGAACUAGUUCAUUGGUUUACUGCAAUCCGUGAGCAAGGUAUUCAGGUUCUCAGAUCAACGAUUGAGGAGAAAGCAAAAAGUUUGGCGGCAGAAAUGGGAUUGGCGCGAUUCGGCUGUGGAGAUAAAUGGUGGCAAGGAUUUAGGACCAGAAAUAAUUUAUCUUUCAGAAAAAUCAAUGCCUCAAGCAUUAAGCCAAUCGAAAAAGAGGCAGAACUUGUCAGGCAAUACCUAGAUGAUUUAGCGUCAUUGCUUCCUCAAUUCGUUCCAUCUAACAUUUACAAUUUCGAUGAAACGAGAUUUGAUUGAGAUGUAAAAAGCAAGUUCACUUAUGAUUUCAAGGGAACUCAACGAAUUCUAGGCGUUCAAUCAGCUAAAAUGAACCAUUUUAUCACUGUUAUGCUUAUGAUUAGAGCUGAUGGAGAAAAAAUGCCUGCUUUGCUCAUUUUUCAAGAGAAAAAUGGCCAGAUCCCGAACCUUGUAAGAGAAAGACUGAAUAUUCCAGAAAAUGUCAUCAUAAAAUCAAAUAAAUCUGGCUACAUUUCUGACCAGAUUCUUAAUGACUACCUCAGAACAAUAUUGAGAGGAGAAAACCAACUGCUGAUUUAUGAUCAGGCUGGAAGUCAUAAAACUAUCAUGAUUUCUAAUGCAAUUUCAGAUUUAGAUGCAACCAAAAUUGUGAUCCCUGGAGGGUGCACAAAGUAUUUGCAACCACUUGACGCACUGGUAAUUGCAAAUUUCAAAUCAAAAACAACAGAUUUCAGAAUCAAAUUCCAAACAGAGCAGAUUGAAAGAAGAUCGAAAAGAACUGGAAACCUCAAAGCUCUUGAUCGCCAGCAACUGAUAAACAUUGCUUCAAAGGCGUGAGAUGCUGUAAGCCCUCAACUUGUCAGAAAAUCAUUUGAGUUGACGGGUUCUUAUGGCGUUAAUCAUCCAAAGAUUUUCAGCCAUCAAGUUAAUAUGAAGAAGUUAAUUAUCUAA